ACCAUCAUCUACUUCAGCUUUUCUUAAUAAAUUCUUACCAACAAAACAGUGACACAAACGCAGCUUGCGACAUGAGGAAGUCUUUUCUUUUGCUAACUUUCCUUCUCAUUUGUAUCUCCAUUCAACUGGCCAAUGUUCGAGCUGACGACAAAGAGAAGCCUGACGACGAUAAGAAGAGUCCAGCCCCCGCACCCGCGCCUAAACAGGAGAAAGCCUCCGACGCCGACGCCACUAACUACGACUACUUGACGCCGGAUCCAGAAACCGGAAGGCAGCGGGCUUACUGUAAAUCGAACGGGAAAUGCAACAAAAAGACACUCACUUGUCCUGCAGAAUGCCCGGAGAGGAAGCCCAAGAAGAACAAGAAGCAAAAAGGAUGUUUCAUCCAUUGUGGUAGCAAGUGUGAAGCAACCUGCAAAUGGAGACGUGCGAAAUGUAAUGGAUAUGGUUCUUUAUGUUAUGAUCCAAGGUUCGUUGGUGGUGAUGGAGUGAUGUUCUACUUCCAUGGUAGUAAAGGACACGAUUUCGCUCUUGUCUCUGACACCAACCUCCAAAUCAACGCUCACUUCAUCGGAAGUCGACCCACCGGUAGGAUCCGUGACUACACAUGGGUCCAAUCUAUCUCCGUCAUGUUCGACACCCACACUCUCGUCCUUUCAGCCAAGAAAGUACAACAAUGGGAUGACUCUGUUGACGUUCUUCUCGUGAAAUGGGAUGGUCAAGAAGUCAACGUCCCAUUCGACGGAGAUUCAGAAUGGAAAACCAACACCGGAGUUAGAGAAGUGGUGGUGGAGAGGACCGACGACACCAACACCGUCAGAGUGACAGUGGGUGGAUUGGUGGAGAUUGACAUGAAGGCUGUUCCUGUGACCAAAGAAGAUGACAAAACUCACAACUACCAGUUACCAUCAAAUGACGCUUUUGCCCAUUUUGAGACCCAGUUCAAGUUCUUGAAGCUGUCAGACGACGUGGAGGGCAUUUUGGGGAAAACUUACAGGCCAGGGUAUGUGAGCCCAGUGAAAAGAGGGGUAGCCAUGCCGUUGAUGGGUGGGGAAGACAAGUAUGAAACUCCAUCUUUAACUUCACCUAAUUGCAAGGUUUGCAUGUUUCAGAAACAAGCUCCUGGUGCCGGUGAUAGUGGUGCUCCAGGUUUGGCCGACUUCUGAUGACACAGUGAACAUUUCAUGUUCUGGUUAUUGAUUUACGUCUUACGAGUAAAAUCGUUAAUACAUGCAUGCAUGCAAUUGUUGUAUUUAUCAAUUUAUGGUAUU